AUGCCAGUUACUUUACGCCAGCGCUAUAUGCUACUUAGUGUAUUUGUAGCCUCUACCAUACUCCUCACUGGCUUCUAUCUACGGAAUAAUUUAAGAUCACUCACAUUUCUCGCUUCAUCCGAGCCCAUCGAAACUCUACCAAAGCAUCCAAAAUACAAACCCUCCAAGCCAGCGAAAAGUCAUCCUAUCAUCGAUAAUUUCCCUCUUGCAUUGAAUGCACAUUCAGCUUCAGAUCUUCCUCCCAUCCCAAAAUGGAAUCAACCUCCCAAUCCACAUGUUCCUGAGAAAACUCCUCUCCUCAUUGGAUUUACGAGAAAUUGGCGUCUUCUUCAACAAGUCGUUGUUUCUUAUAUUACAGCAGGAUGGCCUCCGUCGGAUAUUUAUGUGGUUGAGAAUACAGGUGUUAUGAAUUCCAAUAAAGAUGGACAAAUAUCUCUUCAAAACCCCUUCUUCCUUAAUCAUACCCGAUUAAAUAUGCUUGGGGUGAAUAUCCUCAUAACACCUACUCUACUCACCUUCGCCCAAGUUCAAAAUUAUUUCUUAUGGACAGCUAUUGAAAAUAAAUGGCCGGCUUAUUUUUGGAGCCACAUGGAUAUCGUCGUCCUCUCAUACGAAGAUCGAUGGUUAGAUGCCCAUCCAGAUGAUCUUAAUCCUUCCCCUACAAAUUUCCAAUCUCUAUACGAUCACUGCGUCUCUGCUCUCCGCAAUGUCACAGCUCCAAACCCCGAAACAGGAGUUGUAAAACCUUGGGCCCUCGAAUUCUUUUCCUACGAUCGUCUCGCCCUCGUUAAUACGGAAUCAUAUCAAAAAGUUGGAGGUUGGGAUACCCUCAUCCCUUUCUACGGUACCGAUUGCGAUAUGCAUGAACGACUUGCCAUGGAAGGAUUCGAAAUGAGAGAUUGGGCUGCGGGUGCCAUCUGGGAUGUCGCUAGUAGUUUAGAUGAUCUGGAAGUUUUAUAUCGGAAGAAAGACGGUUCGGAUCCUUCAUUUAUCGAUCCUAAUUUUGUAGAAGAAGAACUCGCUCAUCAAGCCAGGACAUUACCCGAUCCCGCUUCUAGUGGGAAUUCGAAACAUCAACCCCGCGAUCUAGGACUCACAAAUCUAAACCCCUUCUCGGACAAAAAUAAAAAACAAUGGAUCGAUGAACCCAUCGGCCAAGCAUCAUGGAAAAAACUCCUAGAUGUCCUCGAUCACAUGGGGUGGUCGAAAACCGCGAAUAAAAAUGGUAGGAAUACGUGGCAGGGAAGACAGAUGGGUGGUCACGAUGAUCCGUAUUAUAGGGAUUCAGAGGGCUUUGAACGCGCUAUUCAAUUGUGGAUUGAACAUGGAAGGAGGGUUUUUGCGGAGAAAUGGGGUCAUAGAGAUUGUGAUUUGAGGGCGCAGGGAUUGGUGGCUUUGGAUGCUUGGAGGGUGGAGAGGGAUUGGUAG